GUUCAACACUUUAUACCCCAGCACUAACGAAUCAACGCUCAUCUACUGAGCUCAGUCGAAUAACCUCAACGAAACAUACAUAACCUUACGACAUAACCCAUCUCCCCUUCUUCUCUCCUCAUCAACAACCACCACAAAAAUGUCCUCCUCCUCCUCCUCCGCCCCAAUCCUCCACCUCACCAGCUCCAUCCAAAUCCACGCCUCCCUCGACGCCGUCUGGUCCGCCCUGACCGACACCACCACCUGGCCCGAAUGGAACCGCUUCGUGCCCGCCGUGACGAUCCGCGAGCAGCCUGCUCCUUCUCCCCGCCUUCCUAACACCACGCCCACGCCCACCCCCGCGCCAGCAACGAGUCCUCCCACCGACUCCUCCCAAGAGCCACCUGCUGCUGCUGGUGCAGCAGCAGCAGCUACACUCCAAAACGGCACCCGCAUGACCUUCCACGUGAACAUGCACCCCGCCGCCGCGCCCACGGCGCCGCAGUCGCUCCGGCGCGUCGAUAAUCAUGUCGGGCUGCUGGUGACGGAGUGUUUCCCGCCUGCUUCGAGUUCCCCAGGGGAGGGGGAGCGGGGGGAUGCGGGCUCUACGGUUACGGCUACAGCUACAGCAACAGCCACUACUUCUACAGCCACUACAGCACCAGCACCGGCACCGGCACCGGCAACCCCUCCCACCCGCCGCGCAAGAAUCACCUGGGCGAACGACACCACCUUCCAAGGCCGGGUGAUGGCCGCGCUGCUGUCGGCGGAGCGGGUGCACGAGCUUGUGGAGCGGGAGGUCGUGGAUGACUCUUCCGCAAAUACGCGCGUGGUGACGGAGGUGACGAAUUGGGAGGUCCAGGACGGGUACCUGGCGUAUGUGGUCAAGUGGAUGUUUGGGGCCCGGUUGGAGGAGAAUUUCCGGUGCUGGGUGGAGGAUUUGAAGGGGUUUGUGGAGGGGCAGCCGACGAUGGCGUGAGGGGAGGAUUGUCGGUGGUAAGUUUUAUGGUCAGUAGGUGAGUAGGUAGGUAGGUAGGUAGGUAGGUAGGUAGGUAGGUGGUAGGUUUGUAUAUAAGGGGCAGGUCUGUUAAAAGGUUCUUGGGGUACUCCGUACUGGGGUGCGGGUGACAUCAUGCUUGAAAGCUGGCGGGUAUACGGUUUGUCCUUGCUAGUGGAUGCUUGUAUAGCUCCAGGCUCCAGUUUCUGCUCCUGCUCCAACUCUCCCGACCGAACAUCC